UGCUGAUUCAGAGGUUAGGAAUUUGCAUUUGAUUGCUGUUUGUCAACCAAUGGCGGCACCGUGUGUGUGUGUGUCGGCGAGGCGACUAUUCCCCCCCCCACCCCACGCCUCCGUGGGCGCUCACAUCGACAGCCAACCUCUGAAAACACAAUUACACACCAAAAAGCCGGAGGCCGGGAGCAGAUAUCAUGCAGUCACAUGCAACGAGUUUACUUGUAGCAGAUAAACACAAGCGCCACCUCUUUUUUUCCUGCUUGUGGAGCUUUUUCUACCCGCUGUGUGUCAUUUAGGAAGGGGGGGGGUCACAGUCAGGGAAAUCAGGAAUGCUUCUUCCGGUCUCAAAGCGUGUGAAAACCCAGCGGAAGUCAAUACGGUUUUUGUAGUCUGUCAACAAAGUCUAGUACUCCUACCUGCGGUCUCGUCCCUCCCACCCUCCCUCUCUGACAUCAAGACCUCACAAGACAAUUCCGUUCACAUUCCCAUCACCGAAAAUCCUCCUGCCGGGCGACUAGAACCUGGAAAAAAAAGGACCAAUAACAAUCUUCACACGGAACCGGAAUUCUUGCUCCCUCAGUGGGGGAGCGAGGUGAAGCAAAGGCAUCGUAACAUUGUGCCGCUCCCCCCCCCCCCCCAAGAUAUGAAGCUGCAGGCCGUUAUGGAGAACCUGCACAGGCAGCAGAGGGCCAAGUUGAUGAUGGAGCAGCAGCUUCAGCAGCAAGCCGCGCUCCAGCACGCUCAGAUCCGUAGCGGCGGCGGUGGCGGCGCCGGCGGAGUCGCGGGCGACGAAUCCAUAAACAACCCGGCUCCUGAUAACGAGCAGGCCCAGUUAGUGGCCCUGGCGGCGAUGCGUGCGGCUGCGGCCGGAUUACAACGGGUGUCCGAAACCCGCUUGUCGGAGCGCAGCAGCGGCAGCGAUGAGGAAGGUGAAGACGACGAUAAUGAAGGAGAGGAGCAAUAUAAAGACAUGAUGGGCUCGGAUGAGGAGGAGCAGAUCAAAAGGAAAUGGGACGAGGAGGACUUUGAAGGCGAGAUGGAAGAAGACUUUGACGACGACCUCGCCGAGGAAGGUCUGCCAACGGGCCACAACGCGGUGGUUCCCGGGAAAGGCAUCCUACUGCUGCCUCACCGCCAGAUCCACCCGCACUCCCAGCUGCUGAAGGCCCGGCCCAGCGUUGACCAAGAGCCGCGUGUCGCCAUCUUGCCUCCGAACGCCACGCACAGCCACCAAGGGGGCCAAGACCACGGGGAAUGGACCUACGAGGAGCAGUUCAGACAGCUGUAUGAACUGGAUGGAGACCCAAAAAGAAAAGAAUUUCUGGAUGACCUCUUCAGCUUCAUGCAGAAAAGAGGGACCCCGGUGAAUCGUAUUCCCAUCAUGGCCAAGCAAGUACUGGAUCUGUACAUGCUGUACAGGCUGGUGACCGAGAAGGGCGGCCUGGUGGAGGUCAUCAAUAAGAAACUGUGGAGGGAGAUCACCAAGGGACUUAACCUGCCUACCUCAAUCACCAGUGCAGCCUUCACCCUCCGCACACAGUACAUGAAGUACCUGUACCCGUAUGAAUGUGACAAGAGGGGCCUGAGCAACCCCAACGAACUCCAAGCGGCCAUUGACAGCAAUCGGCGGGAAGGCCGCCGGCAAAGCUUCGGUGGCUCCCUCUUCACCUACUCGCCCAACGGGACGCCAACCAUGCUGUCUUCACCAAAGCUCUCGACACCCGCUAUGGGCUUGACAGUCGGUACCAACGGGGCCUCGCUCACCGCCAUUCAGAAGAUCAAGAAAGAAGAGGGCGGUCAACCCCUCAUGGGGGUCGGUGUGCCUCGCUUACCAGUGGGGCCGCUGGCAGGGCACUCGGUGGCCGCCGUGCAGGCGGCGGCAGCCCAAGCGGCCAUGGCGGCUCAGGUGGCGGCUUUGGAGCAGCUGAGGGACAAGCUGGAGGCUGGAGAGCCACCGGAGAAGAAGAUGGCGCUGCCAGCUGAGGAACACCAUCGGCUACUGCAGAGGGCACUGCAACACAACCUGCUGGCCAUGACAGCGCAGAUACCCAUGAACGUCCGCAUCAACCAACUAGAUGGUAGACAGGACUCAGCCAUGAACCUCACCACCAAUGGCACAAACAGCAUUAGCAUGUCAGUGGAGCUCAACGGAGUCGUGUACACUGGUGUCCUUUUUGCUCAGGCGGCAGCCGGGUCAGCCCCGUCGGGCGCGUCCCUCUCCGGCAAGGCUGUGGGCAGCAGCCGCGGCGUCGCUCCUCAACCGCUACAACAACAACAACAACAACAGCAGCAGCAGCAGCAGAACGUACCUACCUCAACCUCCAACAACCCAGUGUCUUAACAAAGCAUCAGCCUUCCUCUUUAUUUUUUUAAUUAUCAUGCUAAGUAAAGCCAAAAAAAAAACAAAAAAAAAACCUCAUUUUCUACAUAGUCUAUGCCAAAAAAAAAAAAAAAACACACCGACACAAACUGUAACUCAGCCCACUUGAAUUACACGCUCAGGUUUUUUGUCAUCACUUCACCUCUUUUUGUUCUUCAUAACCGCAUAUCAUUUUUGGAGGAAAAUAUCCCAACAUAGAGCCAGUAUAUGUUAAAAAAAAAAAAAAAAAAAAAAGUAUAUAUGUACAACCUGUGAAUUAUUUAUUUCUGCAUACAUGUACAGCUUAUGGAAGAACAAAAGAGAAGGUAAUAACCAUAAGAGGGGUAAUGCACUGUUUACACUCACAAACACAGCUACUGACUGACAGUAAUAUUUGACUAUAUUUGUUGUUUAUCUAUAUUAUUUUUAUUCUUUUUUUUUAUCAUUUAAAUCUUUAUCAAUCUUUUCACUGCAGGAAAACAUCUAUAUAUUUAGAGGUCUAUAAUAAUAAUAAUAAUAAUAAUUGAAAAAAAAAUCUAUUUUUAAUCAUAAAAGCUUUAAAAAGUAUAUAGGGUUUCUUAGGGAGCGUAUAACAAUGCACCAUUGUGACCUACUUCUGUGUUAAAACCAGAUACCUUAUUCACAUGGCAGACGUUACAGAGCGGUGUCCUGGUUUGAAACGAGACCUGCGGUCCGAUCGGGACCACGUGUCUCAAAUCUCAAGCCUGAGGAAUUUUUUUUUUUUUUUUUUUUUUUUUUUUAAAAAGGUUCUGCCGGCACUAAUGUUUAUUUUAUUAAUAUAUUUGGUUCCUGUGCUGGUUCCUGCUGAAAUUAUUCAUUGUUUUCUCCGCUUCCGUAGUCGGUUAAGGCUCAAUUAUGCUACAGUCGUCCCUUCUCUGCCAAAACACAAGGGGGCGGUGUUUGUUUUUUUCUAAGAGGAAACAACCCUAACUCUCGUGGACUAGCUAUUUAGCUCCCUGAAGUCGGGACUUAUUAUAUAUGCUACUCCAAGCUCUUCAUAUUUAUAUUAGAUCCAUAGAACUGAUCAGAUUUGCGUACAGUGGAACCUCGGUUAGCAUCAUUAACCCAACAUACGAGGGUCGCGGGGGUUGCUGGAGCCUAUCCCAGCUGUCUUCGGGCGAGAGAGGCGGGGUUACACCCUGCACUGGUCGCCAGCCAAUUUACAUUGAAAAAACAAACAACCAUUCACACUCACAUUCAUACCUACACAGAGAUGGCCGAGGGUGGGGGAAAGACAAAAUAAGAAGCCAAAAAGUUACCACUUCCACACAAAAUAGGAGGAGAACUCAUUCAUUCAUUCAUCCAUUUUCUAUGGACUGGUGGCCAGCCAAUCACAGGGCACAUAUAGACAAACAACCAUUCACACUCACAUUCAUACCUAUGGACAAUUUGGAGUCGCUAAUUAACCUAGCAUGUUUUUUUUUUGGAAUGUGGGAGGAAACCGGAGUACCUGGAGAAAACCCACGCAUGCACGGGGAGAACAUGCAAACUCCACACAGAGAUGGCCGAGGGUGGGGAAAGACAAAAUAAGAAGCCAAAAAGUUACCACUUCCACACAAAAUAGGAGGAGAACUCAUUCAUUCAUUCAUCCAUUUUCUACCGCGUAUCCUCGCGGGGUUGCUGGAGCCUAUCCCAGCUGUCUUCGAGCAAGAGGCGGGGUACACCCUGGACUGGUCGCCAGCCAAUUUACGUUGAAAAACAAACAACCAUUCACACUCACGUUCAUACCUAUGGACAAUUUGGAGUCGCUAAUAGUAGUUUAUUUUUGUAGGUUUUUUUUCAAUUUUCUUCUCACAAUAUAAUGACUUAAAUCCCGUAACAAUUAUAUUGAAAGAGGUAAAUUUUUGCAGUAGUUUAUUUUUGUAGUUUUUUUCAAUUUUUUUUCUCAUAAUAUAAUGAUUUAAAUCCCGUAAUAAUUAUAUUGAAAGGGGUACAUUUUUGCAGUAAUUUAUUUUUGUAGUUUUUUUGCCAUUUUUUUCUCAUAAUAUAAUGACUUAAAUCCUGUAAUAAUUUGACUUUGGCGGGGGAACGGCGAACUGUAGCAUAAUGAAGCCUUGGGUUUUUUUGUCACUUUUGCUGGCCUCGAUGGCGUGCUGGAUGACUCUUCCUGCUAACUUCCUGUUCCAAGAAUGUUCUCAGGUGUCCGGCGCGUUUGCAAAGCGGGAAAGUCAGUUUCUAUCUUUUAUUGUCCGUUUUUAAGCUCGUCUUUCUUGUGAAGUGGAUAAAGCCGAAAAGGAAAUCUCGCUCACUUGGACAAUCAGGUGGUCAGGAGGCGCAAGCUGCGCUUCAGAGGACCUGACGGUAGUUUAGCUCAUAUGUGGCGCUUUCUGUGUUUUUUUUGUAUACAUUUGUUGUGUUUUCUUCAGCAUGACUUUUUUUUGUGCUUCUGAUCCAAGUGCUUCUUAUAUCCUGUGCUGUUUGGAGGACCAUGUCUGUCUUGAGACCCGGGACCAGAACCGAGCCUGUCCCCGGCGUCCUCAGGCGUAGAGAUUUUUUUUGCUUAAAAGGCGCUUUUGACAAUGUCUUUGCAGUUUGAAGUAGAUCAAUUUUCAACGUUACCUCAGAUUGUCCGUCAUCCCGUUACCACACUACGCCAAAUAACCUCAUUCUUGCUUAAGCUAGCGUUAGCAUGUAGCUUCUACGUGGAGGCCUUAAACCGUACGGCGGUUGUUGCUUUGUUCAACGUCUUGCUUUACUGCCCCCCCCCCACACCAUCACCACCACCAGCUGCUGUUCCGCCUUUACUUGUUUUAUGACUUCAGGGAAAGACACAGUUCAAGUUACGAGACGCAGUUAUGAGAAUCAAGUCACAAUAUUAUUAUCAUAAAACUAAAUGUGCAAUUUAAUAAAAUCCUCAACAGUCCCCAGUUUAAGUUUAUAAACAAUGAAAUUGGCGAUAUUUUGGCACCACCCACUAUCUAUAUUUAUGUGAUUUUGUAAACCAGGGGUGUCCAGAGUGUUCCGGAGGUCAAUUUUUGCAGUAGUUUACUUUUUUUGUUUUUUUUUGCAAUUUUUUUCUCAUAAUAUAUUGACUUAAAUCCCAUAAUAAUUAUAUUGAAAGGGGUAAAUUUUUGCAGUAAUUUAUUGUUUUGUUUUUUUUUUGCAUUUUUUUUCUCAUAAUAUAAUGACUUAAAUCCCAUAAUAAUUAUAUCGAAAGGGGAAAAUUUUUGUAGUAGUUUAUUUUUGUAGUUUUUUGUAAUUUUUUUCUUAUAAUAUAAUGACUUAAAUCCCAUAACAAUUAUAUUAAAUAAGGUAAAUUUUUGCAGUAGUUUAUUUUUGCAAAUUUUUUCUCAUAAUAUUAAUGACUUAAAUCCCAUAAUAAUUAUAUUGAAAAGGGGACAUUUUUGCAGUAGUUUAUUUUUGGGGUUUUUUUCAAUUUUUUCUCAUAAUAUAAUGACUUAAAUCCUGUAAUAAUUAUAUUGAAAGGGGUAAUUUUUUGCAUUUUCUUCUCAUAAUAUAAUAACUUAAAUCCCGUAAUAAUUAUAUUGAAAGGGGUAAAUUUUUGCAGUAGUUUAUUUUAGUAUUUUUUUUCUCAUAAUAUAAUGACUUAAAUCCCGUAAUAAUUAUAUUGAAAGGGGUAAAUUUUUGCAGUAGUUUUUUUUUUGUAAUUGUUUUCUCAUAAUAUAAUGACUUAAAUCCCGUAAUAAUUAUAUUGAAAGGGGUAAAUUUUUGCAGUAGUUUAUUUUUUUUAUUUUUUUUGCAUUUUUUUCCUCAUAAUAUAAUGACUUAAAUCCCAUAAUAAUUAUAUUUAAAGGGGUAUAUUUUUGCAGUAGUUUAUUUUUGUAGUUUUUUUGCAAUUUUUUCUCAUAAUAUAAUGACGUAAAUCCCGUAAUAAUUUGACUUUGUUCUCGUGUUAAUAUGACUUUUUCCCAAAUUAAUUUUUAUAUUCAUAUUUUUUUUAUAUUUGAGUUUGUGCUGCUAAAUUAGUUUCAUUUUAUAUGGACCUAAAAGUUUUAUUUUUUUCCCUACUAUUUUGAUUUAAUUUUUUUUUAUCAGAUUUUUUAAAUAAAACAGCCACAUGCUGCACUUUGGACACCCCUGGCUUAAUGCAUAUGUUCAGUAACUUGGAUUUUUUAUAUCAGCCACUUAUCCACUGGGGGCGCUGUUCAGUAACUUGGAUUUUUAAUUCAGCCACUUAUCCACUGGGGGCGCUGUUCAGUAACUUAGAUUUUUAACUCAGCCACUUAUCCACAAGGGGCGCUGUUCAGUAACUUAGAUUUUUAACUCAGCCACUUAUCCACUAGGGGCGCUGUUCAGUAACUUGGAUUUUUAACUCAGCCACUUAUCCACUAGGGGCGCUGUUCAGUAACUUGGAUUUUUAACUCAGCCACUUAUCCACUAGGGGCGCUGUUCAGUCACUUGAAUUUUUAAACUCAGCCACUUAUCCACUAGGGGCGCUGUUCAGUAACUUAGAUUUUUAACUCAGCCACCUAUCCACAAGGGGCGCUGUUCAGUAACUUAGAUUUUUAACUCAGCCACUUAUCCACAAGGGGCGCUGUUUAGUAACUUGGAUUUUUAACUCAGCCACUUAUCCACUAGGGGCGCUGUUCAGUAACUUGGAUUUUUAACUCAGCCACUUAUCCACUAGGGGCGCUGUUCAGUAACUUAGAUUUUUAACUCAGCCACUUAUCCACUAGGGGCGCUGUUCAGUAACUUGGAUUUUUAACUCAGCCACUUAUCCACUAGGGGCGCUGUUUAGUAACUUGGAUUUUUAACUGAUAGACCUGAUAGAAUAUGAUGAGUUCUAUUAUCCCUCACAUUUUAGCUCAGGGGUGUCCAAACUUUUUUCCACAAUGGGCUACAUAUUGAAAAAUCAUGUUUUUAUUUUGUAAUUUUGCAAAAAAAAGGUAAAAUUGUCACAAAAAGAUCGGGAUAAUCGGCUUCGGAGUGAAAUUACAGAAUCAACCAAGUAAAAUUUUAAGUUAAUCUUCAUGUUUCUAUUUAGUUUUACUUUUUUUUUAGUUUAAUUUUAUUUCUCCAAUAUGAUAUCACACUUUGGGCACCCCUAUGUUAGCUGGACGUUUUUGUGAGAAAUAACUAUUUCCUUUUUUCAGAGUUUGAAAAUCAACUCCCGAUUCCUGUCACUUUUUACCCAUGUGACAGUUCAGAUUCCAACGAUAUGAGAUGAAAUGUGCAGUUUUUUCGUACGUUUACGCACAAAAAAAGUACAAGAUCAGCUGUAGAAACUGCUCUUUUUUUUUUUUUUUUUUAAAGCUGUAUACCAGGAAGUACUAAUCAAACAUCGCUUACUUGUCAUGACGAUAUGUCAAAGUGCCUUCUAAAUGGCGACUACAGUAUAGUACAUAUGCACACUAUGGAAAGCAUGAAUUAACAUUAUAAAGAAAAGAUACUUUAUAUUAAAAAGGGGGGAAAAGGUUAUGGUUUUGUCACUCAAGUCGGUGCUGAAAAGAGCUGACAAUCAAAUCAAGGCGCUCUAAUUAAAAGCAUCUGUUCCGGGGACGUAAAAUCCAAUCAAUUCCAAUUUAAAGAAUCCAAUUUUUUUUUUGUUUUUCUUGAACAUUUCCCCCCCCCUACACACCCCCCUUAGAAUGACCUUUUGUCCCCUUUAGGCAACAAUCAAGCACGUUCCCCCCCACCUUUCUAUAAUAUAUAGAUCUGUUUCCAGUGUAUCGACCACAAGAGCAAGCGGCUAGUUUCUCUCCUGUUUUAGUUUUAAUAUUGCGACAACACUGUAUACCUCCAAACGGUCUCGAACAUGCCUUCAACUACUGUUUAGACGCAUUUCUACCUCAUGGAAUCGGAGACGCUGGAGAAAAACAAACAAAGGUGUUAAUCAUUUUUAAUCACCUUCAGGAACUAUUAGUGCAGAGUUCGAUUUUUUAUUGCAUUUCCCUUCCAGAAAUUCUGACUCAAACCGAAUACUUUUUAAAAAAUAUAGCGUUUUACUUGUAGAAAAAAAAUCCAAAUGCAUAAAAAUGAGGAGUAAAAGGGAUAAAUUAACAUAAAUCGUCACUUUUACCUUCAUUGAAGAAUUGAUUGUUGAGAAAGAACGUUUCUCGCCUUCUUUAUGCUAGCACUCCAUUGUGAGUGAGUUUGAUGCUAACGGCGUAACUGUGUUCGUAAGACUUCGGAUUUUUUUUAGUACAUUUUCAAUGUCAACCCAUAAAUAUGAUAAUCGGGUCCACAUCCAUAGCUUGGUUCAAAUAUUUUGAUAUUGGCAUGAAAUUUAGUCAGAUAUCAGCUUAAAAAUUUAAUAUCAAAAUUGAUUUUUUUUUCCCGAUCAUAUUUUUAAAAUAUUGUAUACAACACAUGUGUUCAUUACACCACAGGAGUUAUGUCAUGUUACACAUAUCGGUAUCAAAGUUGAAUCAAGUUGGACAAUAUCGGCAUAUCGGUUUUUGGCAAAAAAAAAAAAAAAAAACAAAAAACAAUAUCGUGCCAAUUAAGCCAAUAAAAGCUUUAAAAAAUAUAUCCUAACAUCAUAACAUUAUAAAAAUUAUAACAAAACAUCCAAAAAAUGAACAAGUUAACAGUAUUUUGUCAACAAUAAAGUCAUAUUAUUAGGGAAAAGUUGUAAUCCAACGAGCACAAGUAAUCAUACGGGAAUACCGUUGUAAUAUCAUGAGAUAAAAUAACUUAAAAUAACUAAAUUUUAGUAGCUUUUAAGUUGAAAUAUUAAAGAAAAAGUCUUAGUAAGUGUAUUACUAUGAGGAAAAAAAAACAACAAAUAAAGUUUUUUUUUUAAAGUUUUUGGAAAAUCCCAAAAAAUUGUGAGAAAAGUUCGAAUAAAGUAGAAUAAAGUCCAAAUUAAUAGAAGAAAUUGUUGGAAAAUUUAAAAUAAAAAAAUAAAAAUAAAAAAUAAAAAUAUUGGAAUAGAGUCACAAUUACAAGAUGAAAAUUUUAAAGAAAAAAUAAAUAAAUUGGUGUAACAUUGAUGUACUGUGAUUGGCUGAUACCCAGAGUCAGCCGGGAUAGGUUCCAGCGUACCCCUUAAUGAAUGAAUUAAUUAAUUUUGAAAAAAAAAAUGAAUUUUACAAGAAUAAAGUCAAAAUAUCAAGCGCAAAAAUUUGUAUUCUAACAAGAAAAAAAAUUGCAUUAUUUUACAAAAAUAAAUAUUUUAUUAGCACAGAUUUGAAAUAUUAAAUAAUUUUUGUCUGAAGUAGUAAUAUUUAAAGAAACAAAACAAAAUUAAGUUGUCAUUGGGUUGCGGAAACGGUUAUAUUAUGGGAAUAAAGUUCAAAUAUUAUGAGGAAAAAAAAUGUAAAAAAAAAUUUAUUUAAGAAGAAAUUAGAAAUAUUUGAGGGGGGUGUAGCGGGACAGCAAAAAUACUAAUACACUUUUUCACGUUUUUUUUUUACCCCCUUUGGAAUAUAUAUAAGUUGCAUUUAAGUGGAACCUUGCGUCCUUUCAUUUGUGACCCUCGGUGGAAAAAGUUUGGACUCCCCUUCUGUAGCAUAUAUUCAGUUUUUGGAGUGGGGGGGGGGGACAGUCUUAACUUUGUUUCUGGUAGCUUUGAGUCCAAACAAUAUGGAGUCUUUGUUUGGUGGCUUUCAGGACAUUCUGGACCAGAACUAGAAAAGUACACAUUUGGGGCCGUGAAUCACUUUGACUGUAUCUAUUUGCUCCCUGCUGCUGUAAAUCCGUUCACGGAAUUUUUCACCACGGCUUUUAUGGGUCGGGGGGUGCUUGUGUCGCUUCACCACCGGCUCCGAAAUGUGGACUGCAAAUGAUAAUGAUGAUGAUAAAGUAUAACAAGAUGCCUUCUGCUGUGACAAUUGUAUGAAUUAACCUGUAUUGCUAAUAUUCAUCGAAUAGAUGUGGCUUUUUAGGGGUUUAUAUCAUAUAUGUUUUUUUUUUUCUAUUUCUUUGCUUUUGUUUUUGAGUAUGCCGUAGCAGUCCAGCACACAGAGAUUACGUUUUAGAGCAGAUUUAUUCAUUUAAACAUAAUUAUAAUGUGACUUUUUUUUUUGUGUGUUUUUGGAAGCAAACUUCAGAUAGGAAGCGAGGCCUCGUGCCUUGUCUCUUGAAACUUCUCAGGAAAAUCUACCUCUACCUCCAGUUUGAUGCAUUCAGGUGUCAAGUUAAAGUUUAGUGGGUACACACGUACAGCUCAACGCUUCUGCUGCUGGUGCGAGGACCAACAGCAGGGAACCCCGCGGCUCGACAGUACUGCUGUUUUUUUUUUUUUAGCACUGCUAGUAGUUUUCAGUCUGUUCACUUAAUGUGUGCUUAUUCCUUUCUUUAUCUAGACAUGAUUUUUGAUGAAUGGGUUUCCUAGUAACCACGGUAACAGUGAAGUGGGCAGCCAAUGCAACUGUUCCCUUUUUCUUUGUUUUUGAUGGGUGAAGAUUAUUCUUGCCUGUUUUACUCGA